UGUGCGGCACAUAUUAUGGAAUAAAAAGGGACAAGUUUUUAAGUUGUACUCCAGUUCAUGUUGUAUUCUUCUUUCUUUUUGGGUCUGUUUGCUUUAAAAGCUCAGCAAUCGUUCAGGCUACGCAAACCGUAAAAUGUGGAUAUCAGAAUUACUGUCUUGAAACUCAUUAAAGAACGUCCCUUCUACCGUGGUUGCACAAGGUGCGCAUGAUGUACUCAACAAACUCGUAUCCAGCAGGACUACUGCAUGAUGACAAGCUUGGUCUGGCGCCGAAUGGCUACCAAGUGUCACACCAUCUCAAGUUGACCCGGACCCCAAAUGGAACGACACCGCUGGUCAAUUCCUUAACAGCCGAGUAUCUGCGUGAAGUGCAGAAUUUCGACCAGGUCACGGCAGAUAUUGUCAAGCAUUCAUAUUCGUGCGGAUUCUUCCAGAAAAAAGCUGAACUUACCUGGCAAUUAAAGGAUGGUCACGAAGAAGCAUCGCGUGUUGUUCAUUCGGAAAAUCCAACGGCUGCUGUGCCCGAGGGAAACGAGAGCGCGGACGAUCUGAUGAGUGGCGAUGCUACCGGACAAACUACAGUAACCUCUAUUCCGGAUGAUCCAAAUUUGCAGCAUUAUACGUAUCAACUAGCGGAGGAGAAUUCUAUUGCGCUGAUGACCGGGAAUGGAAAUGGAUGGCUGUCAAAAAACUUCCGGCUUACUCUCGACUGGUGGCUCGAUGAUAACUCGUUGAGAAAAUGGACAGCCCAGUUGCAAAUUACACUCGCAGAUCCCGACAAUCAAAAGCCUGCCCAGUCCGGCGACGGUGAUGCUUCUACAUGGCCGCUAGGUUAUUAUCCGCGUAAAAUUCACUCGGCUGUGCUUCGGGUUGGAGAUCAGGAAGCCGAAAUUGCAGACGUUCCUUUGUAUGAUGAAGAGAAUUCCCAUCCGAAAGAAUCUGCUCGUACGCAGAAUAAAUCACCAGAGCAGGCCACAAUUACUCUGCAGUUCCGUAAAGAUGAUGUGUCGUUCUUCCGCAACUUAACGGCAAACACGAUCCGUUCCGCUUUCAAACUAGAUCAGCAUUCCGCAAUUACCUGCGCUUUGGUUGCGAAAUCUAGACCAUCCGACCUUUUGGAGCGACCAAUACAAAGGGUGUGCUAUGCUUUGGUGCCCAAAACUGAAGGGUUAUCCCACAUCACGCAGCUGACGACACUUUUCACGGAUCCCCUAACAGGAAACUAUUCCGUUAAAACCGGAAGCGACCUAUUCCAUGUCGACAAAUCUGCGUUAAACCGCACAUCACCGGUGUUUCGCGCGCUGUUUAAUCAUGGGGAAACCGAUAAGUCAAAUGACGAAACACCCUACGAGUUCCUCAACAUUAGUCCUGAAGCAGUCAAGACCUUUCUGGUUUUCUGCUACCUUAAAGCAACACCGGACUUGGACAAAUGCGCCGCAGAUGUAGCGAUUUUAGCGGACAUGUUACAGGUGCCCGAAUUGGUUGGAAGAGCAGAAUUCUUCCUGAUCCGUACAGCUCUGCAGCUUCGCACGCCGUCCGAAGUAGUAAGCUUGGCGGAAUUAGCUGUAGCUCUAAGCUUGAAGAAGCUUCUGUUGGUGCUGCACUUUGUCAGUCAUGAACGACUGGGUGUAUGGAAUCGCCAAGAGAUUAAUGCUUGGACGGAAUUUCUCGAGAAGGAACCACGAUUCAGUCUGGGGUACGCAAAAGGCAUCAAGGACAUUUUGUGGAGCGACGAGGAUCCCGAUGUUCAGCAGCCUCCUCGAAAGCGUCAAUGCGUUUAAGCGUCUCAAGGAAGAAGAGGAUCGAAGGAAUGCCGUCCGCAAUCGCGCUGUUCGUGAAAGUGAUAGUGAUGUAUCUCUCAGUAUUAGCACGUCGCCCUCACAGGAUUCUUCUGUUUGUGGCGUCGAGACAAAUGAUUCUCAACACAGCCCAGCCGGCAGCACGGGUGGUAUCAGUUUGUUGUGGCGAAACUGGGCAAGGGCUCAGAAUCUCUGCUUUUCAGUACUAACCGCCGUUUACGAUCGUGUCAAUCCUACCAGAAAUGUAAGCACUUCCUUCGAUAAUUACGAUCGCGAAUCUCCUUGAAGCCCUGGUAUUGUUGUACUUUUUUUUCGAAUCAGCCGAAUGAUACGUAAAAUUCGAUAAUCGUAAAAUAAGUGCCUACCAGAUUCUAGAGAACGUCUGUCGUAAUUCUACUAUUUCUACGCGUGUAUCAGUUUUUUAACUGCUUAGGCAGUUAUUCAAUAUCACUCUUGGUCGA